CGGAUAGCAAACUGAGUCAAUCAGCUGGUAAUGAGAGGUUAAUGAAUCAAAAUGUAAACAAAACGCAAAAACAACCUCGGAUAACUCCAAGUUUUGUGAGUAAUGCCAUUAAUAAUGCUUUUUAUGCCAACCGGCACAAAGAACUUGUAGCUCAACUUACCUCAACGCAUACCAAUGAAUCUGGCCAGUCUUUGCAAAAUAUAAACAAACCAAAUCUGUUUAUGGGCACUAAUGUAUCCAGUGAGAUCAAGAGUAUACCUUAUUCUACUAGGAAAUGGCUUUACUUGGGCAGAAUCUCAGCCGAGUCGUGUGAUAAAGAUAUUCAGAAGUUUUUGUGCAACAAACUACAAACACCGGAAACUAAUGUCAUUGUUAAAGAGCUUAAAAAUGAUAAUCGAAUAAAAUCCUUUAAAGUAGGUGUAAACAAUCAAUUUUAUCAAACAGUAAAUAGCUGCGAUUUCUGGCCCAUAGGAGUUGUCUUUAGGGAUUUUAAUUUUAAUUUGCCGAGACAGCAGAGAGACAACAACAUGCAGCAAUCUUUGCCAAAUUUUCAAAAUCAGCCUCCAAAAAACUGAAAAUUCAUUGUUAUUACCAAAAUGUCAGGGGAGUGAAGACAAAGCUAAGGGAUUUAGUGUGCAACGUUAUGGUAGAAAAUUAUGACAUUAUUCUCUUAACUGAAACAUUCCUUGAUGAAAACAUACUAACUAGCGAAAUCGGACUCCAAGGAAACUACACAAUUUAUCGAUGUGAUAGAUCAUUGAAGACAAACUCUGAAAAAUCUCAAGGUGGAGGAGUUAUUAUUGCUGUCAAAAAGGAAUUGAAAUUGCUCUUGGAGAGAGUCUUUCUCCGGCUAGGUUCAGCUACCACUGAUGAGCAGCUGGAAAAUGUGCUGGGCAAGUUCCUGGUACCUGUUUUGCUUAAAUUGUCUUCGCCAGAGGAAGUAGUCAGAAAAAAGGUGAUGGAAUUAUUGAUUCAUGUGAAUAAGAGAAUCAAAACCAGACCUUUGGUCCAACUCCCGGUAGAAGCUUUACUUAACCAAUAUCAAGGUCCAGAUGCUACUUCAUUCGUUAUUAAUUUCACCAUCAUCUACAUCCGAUCUGGAUUCCCUCGUUUGCCAAUAGAAAAACAAACAGAACUAGUCCCUACUAUAAUAAACGCCCUAAAAGACAAACCCAUUUUGCACAUAGACAGUUUACUACUGUUAAUUGUACCAUUGCUUGGCAAAGUAAAGGUACCUUCAGAACCGGAAAAAAUCCAAUCAUUUUUUGGACUAAACGAGAAUCCGGAAGUUUCGAAAUAUUUUCUUGAGAUUUUGUUGGAUAUGCUUUUACUGCCCUACACGGCCUUUAAUCUUCAUUCUCAAGAGUCUGAUUCAACUACUCCCAAUAAUGUACCAAUAUCAGUACCUUCUGGCAUGAGUGAGGCAUCUUAUAAAAGAGUAACAGUAAACAAUCUCAUAAAACCUGAAGAAUUUGAAUCUAUUAAAUUAGGAAUUAUAAAAUUUUUGGCUCAUGGCAUAUUUAAACCUGACGAUGUUUUGCUACACUUUAUAGUGGGCGCGUCAGAUGUCCGAUUUGCUGUUGCCAAUUUAGCAGAUACGGAACUAAAGAAAAUAUUGGGAGCUGUUGAUUGGACAUUGCCCAAGAAUUCCUUGCCAUUAUUUAGACUAUUCUUAGGAACUAAACAUCAAAAAGCUGACAAAAGCAAGGUUGCAGCUAACACCAGGAUAAGACUAAAACUGUUGACGCAUUUAUGCAGGUGCCAAGGGGAAGCGUGUUUGUUUCCUCACAGCUUACAAGUUAUCUUUGAUAGUUUAUAUGGAGAAAAUACUAAUGCAAAGCUUAAAAGUUUAGCUUUAAAUUUUACUGCAAAUCUCACUAGAUAUGCUAUUGGUGAUUCUUUAAAAAAUGUAGCCCUAGUGCUUUUGGCAGGUCUAAAAAAGCUAAUCAAAGAAGGCGAGCCAGAGCAUCAAAGCCAGGCUUAUGUUAUAAUUGCAAUGUUGGCUCAAAAAUAUCCUGAAAGGGUAUUUGCAGAUGUGGCAUUGCUGGAAUUGUAUUUCAACAAUUUAGAAGGUGCCAAUACUGAUAUGAAAAUACAAAUCAGAGAAGGUUUGCUUAAUUUAAUAGUGGCUUAUAAAUAUGAUCUUUUCCCUGAAGAAUCUGAUAAAAAUGGCAGAUUGGAUAUUCUGUUGGCUUUUCUUAAAGUAAAAAUGAAUUCUCAAGAUGCAAUGGUGCGAUUUGUUUGUGUCAGGACUUUGGCAACCAUAUUUCCUCCUAAUCAUGUAUCUUCAAAGUUUUUACUAUUAGUUGCUAUUGGAGAUGGUGAAGAAGAUGUUAGACAAGAAGCUUUCAAAUCAAUUUACGGUACAACUAAAAAAAUGUAUUUUGACACCUCAAAUACUAUUGACUCCAGUUCCUUGCCAAGCUUCCUAGAAAUGACCAAACACGCUUUUAAUGAAUACACAAUUAAUAUGAAUGAUAAAAAUAAAAUCGUGAAUAUUGGAAAUCAUUCUUUGCCUUUUCAAGUUAGCACUUAUUUGGAAAUUAUACUGUAUCUUAGAUUAUGUCUUUUGAAAAAUGUUGACAUUCCAAUGACCAGGGAUAUUCCUAAACAUCCUUGUGAAUAUACACCAAAAAUUGUUAAAGCUAUUAGAGAAAUCUAUUCUGAUGCAGCUGGGAAAGAGACUUUGGUUCAGUAUAGUUCUAUGGUUAAAAGUUUCAUUAUUGUACAGCCAGGGCUGGAAUCAUUAUCAUCUAUGAUAGAAAUAAUAGGGUCUUUACCUGAGCUCCAUUAUCUACUAAGUGAAAACGUAAACUGGAUCAGAGAUCAGCUAAAUAACGUAAAAGAAGAUGUUAGAGAGUAUUCUGCAACUUUAUAUGCUUUAGUAAUAUCACGUUUAUCUGAUAAUAGUCAGAUUGAUAAGGCUUUAAAUUAUUUGAUUGAACAAACCACUAAAAACAAUUUGGAGACAAUUCACGGGUCAUUAUUAGGUAUAGGCACUAUCCUAGAAGCUUACGCUUUAAAGAAAAAAGAAGAUUCCUUAGCUUUUGAUAAAAAUGAUUUAGUAAAUGAUUGUAUAAAUACAAUUGCCCCAUUUUUGAAUCACAAAAAUCCUUUGAUAAUUGGAGCAGCCGCAACCAGUAUUGGUUUGAUUGGACGAGUAAUAAGCUUACCUUUAGAAGAAGGAGUAAGCAUUGCUGAUGAUAGCAGUCCUAACGCCAAAAAAAAGGCCACAGGCAUUACCAAAAAUCAUUUAGUGGAAGUAUUGCUAGAAAUUAUGAACAACGUUAAACUUUCAGCUAAGGUUAGAGAAAAAGCAGCCAGAUCUUUGGGUCUGUUGUGUGUUGGAGAGCAAUUUGGUCCUACAAAGCUUGUCACACAAGGUUUAAUGAAUACAGCCAAAGAAACAAAAGAUGUUGAAGUUCAUUUUACUAUUGGAGAAUCUCUGCUUAUGUGCUGUCAAGGUAUGGCUUCACCUGAAGCCAGAGAUGUUUGGAAGGUACUGCCAGAGGAAUUUAAAAAUACCACUUUGGAUUCUUUAGUGGAUGAAAAUUUGGAUUGGUUUUUGGAUGAGCUAUUGAAGUUGACUCGGCAACAGCAUCCCAAUUCCAAACAAGCGUCUUGCAUAUGGUUAUUAGCAGUAUUAAAAGGAUGUGGUAAUAGGAAACCUAUUGAGAAACGAUUGAAAGUUAUACAAAAUACUUUUAUGAAUUUCUUAUGUGAAAAUAAUGAUAUUAUUCAAGAUGUUGCAUCUAAAGCUCUAUGUGUCAUGUAUGAUUUAUUCAAAUCAGAAGAAUUAUUAAGUGCUCUCGUCAAUCAAUUGACUCUUGGUACGAGGAACGUUAAGCAAGUCACUAGCGAUACUAAAUUGUUUGAAGAAGGACAACUUGGAUCAACACCUACAGGGGAAAAUCUAACAACUUACAAAGAACUUUGCUCUUUAGCCUCCGACUUAAACAAACCAGACUUGAUUUAUCAAUUUAUGCAUUUGGCCAAUCAUAACGCCAUGUGGAAUUCAAAGAAAGGGGCCGCCUACGGUUUUUCCAGCAUCGCCCAAAAAUGUGGCAAAGAUUUGGAGAAACUCAUGCCGGAAAUUGUUCCCAAGUUGUACAGGUAUCAAUUUGAUCCUACACCAAGCAUUAAUGCUUCUAUGUCUAAUAUAUGGAGAGUGUUGGUUUCGGAACCUCAAAAUGCGAUGGACCAAUACUACCACGAAAUCCUAAAAGAUCUCCUAGCAAAUAUAAAUUCUUCACAAUACAGAGUCCGUCAGUCUUGUUGCUUGGCUUUGCAAGAUUUCCUCAAAGGAUCUCCAAACCGGUCAAUACAUGAUGCAGUUGAUUAUAUGGACGAAUUGUGGGGUAAGUUGUUUCGUGUAAUGGAUGACCAUCACGAAGCUACAAGAGCAUGUGCAACAAAAACAACAAGAAUAUUGAGUAAAUUGUGUGUAAGAGGAAGCGAAGUUAAUCAAGGAAAAGCUGGUUUAAAAAUGGUAGAAGCAAUAUUACCUAUUUUGUUAAAUACUGGCAUUAUUCACUCAGUGGCAGAAAUUCGUAUUAUAAGUUUGCAAACAGUUUCGGAAUUAGUCAAUUCUGCUGGUAAACAAGUCAAGCCAUUUUUACCGAAAUUAAUAUUUGCUCUAUUGCAAGCCACAGGAGAACUAGAGUCUGCCAAACUAUCAUAUCUCAGCACAAUGAUGGGGGCUCAGACUGAAACACAAGAAGUAAUUGAUAAUGCCAGAGCAUCAAUUGCAAAAUCAAAUUUUGCUACUGAGACAAUUUCAAAAAGCUUACGUUAUGCUGACGGUACAAUGCUGGAAGAAUUAAUACCCAAAGUUCUUGAACUAAUGAAGUCAAACAUAGGACUUGGCACUAGAAUUGCUUGCGCCCAUUUUAUUACUUUGUUGGUGAUUGAAUUACGUUCAGACGUCCAACCAUUUGCAGGAAAAAUCUUGUCCACUUUAGUAAACGGACUAACAGAUAGAAAUUCUGCUGUACGAAAACACAAUGCUAUCGCUAUAGGCCAUUUGGUUUCGGUUUGUAAAGAAUCCAGCCUGGAAAAAUUGUUUGCCAAGUUGCAAACUUGGUAUUUUGAACGAGAAGAUGACACAAUAAGGUCAGCAAUUGCCUAUACAAUUCAAUCCAUAGGAAAUCACAAUCAAGAAGUUUUAAAGUCGCACUCAAAGGUUGUUUUGCCUUUAGUGUUUUUUGCUUUUCAUUCGGAAAAAACGCCAGAAACUCAACAUACUUUAGAUAUGUGGAAUGAAAUUUGGUCCGAACACAGCCCAGGUACCGAGAGUGGCAUAAGGCAGAAUAUCGAACCUAUUUGCGAUAUGCUCAAAACCGCUUUAGAGUCUUCUUCUUGGACUAUAAAAGCUCAAGCUGCUAAUGCUGUAGCAACAGUUGCCAGUAAAUUAGGCUCUACGAUGGAUGCCCAACACACCAACUCGCUUCUAAACAUUUUAAUCACUGGCCUCAAUGGCAAAACUUGGAAAGGCAAAGACAAACUAUUGAAAGCCUUGUGCAGUAUUUGUUCGGAUUGCAAGAACACUGUAAAAGAUAAUAAAGAAAUCAGCCCAGACAUUAUAGUUCAAGCAAUAUGCAAAGAAGCCCGAAAACAGGAAAUAGUUUACAAAAUAGCAGCUCUAGAUUGUUUAGGAGAAGUCCUAUCGGCAUUGGAAAUAGACGCUUUUGAACAAGUUUACGAAAUAGUCAAGCUGGCUUUGAAUAGCGAAGGAAAAAAAGUAGAAGAAGAAGACCAAUCUGACACAAAAGAAAACAGAGAGAAUCAAAUUAAUUUGAAAAUCGUCGCAUAUGAUACUUUGGGUAAAUCUUGGCCUGAAAACAGUGCGGCAACUCAAGAGAAAUAUAGAGAGCUGUUUGUUAGUCAUUGUGUGGAAACUUUGCCAAAUGUUACCAGAACUAUACAGGUUGCUGUUUUAUCUGCUUUAUAUUGUUUCGUAAACAAACUAAAUUUAUUUCAAAAGAGCGAUUUGAAUUCUAAAGAAAGUGCGGAUUUGGAACAAUUAGUGGACAAAUUAUUGGAAGCUAUUACUUAUUCGCUUGGUAUAGCAAAAUAUACAAGAUUGAGAAAGGAGGCACUGAAUUUGGUGUUUUGCUUGGGCACCAAGUUGAAACAAAACAACAUUACUGGAGAAUUGAAAAAGUUAACAGACAUGUUUUCGAAAGCUUUACCGGAUUUGGCAACCGAUACUCAACCUGAAAUUAAAUUUAGGCUUAAUGAUAUAAAACAGCUAUUGUAUCAAUCUUAGAGCAAGUGAAGCAUACGCAUACCUAGGAAAUUACCUACUCUAAGUAGGUACCGUAAAGUCCCCUAACUUUGACUGUUCCCCUAACAUUGACCAAAAAAUCAUUGACUGAUAUAAUGCACCUUAAAAAACUGUGAAUGUAUAUUGCUGGCGAUUUCUAUCUACAAAAAGUACUGUGUUGCGGCAUGCAUGUUCAGUUAAAAAUCAGAUGCACAAUAAACUUUGACCGUUUGGACCAAAAGUUAGUUGAAAGUUGUCACUUGCAAACUAUCCCUCGUGGAGAGCAUAUAAUCAGGAGUCAUCAUUACUCACGGCUACUCACGGGUAUAUGGAAAAAUCAUUUUGGACACAGACGCGAGCAACGGAACAAACUGUGACGGAACUGUCCUAUCGCAAACACAAGAUGAAGAAGAAAGGGUCGAUGAAUAUUACAGAAGUGCUUACCAAGCUCGAGAGAAAUUACUGUGUAGAAGAUAAGAACUAGCAAUAGUCAGAGCGGUUGGGUUGACCAUUUCUACAAGUACCUGCAUGAACAGGUAGUUCUCAUUAGAACAGACCAUGCAUCGCCUAAAUGACUUCUAAACAUGAAACAAACAAAAGAAUAGAGGACAGGUAGCAAGAUGGCUGGAAAAGUUAAAGCAGUAGAAUUUUCAAAUCAAACAAUGUUGUAUAACAAUAAUAAGGUAGAUGCCUUAUCCAGGCGACCAUGCCCAGCUCAAUGAAAGCCAAUGAACUAUUGGCAUCCGUCUUUGAUGGCUUCAUUUUUUUAGCGAAUAUAGCAAUGUGUGCGCCAACUGUUUUAAAAUAGACCAUCAUGAAGAAGUUCCUAUUGGAAGCCUCCGGAUCAAGAAUGAACUUCCGAACAGCUUAGAAGUGGCCAAUUAAAAGAUAGUGAUGUCAAGCCAAUUUUGCACCGACAAUUUUAAGGGAGGCUUAACGAUAAUCAACGUUUAAAAUGACAUUUGUACAUGUAAAAAUGUCACUGUAAGCGUUGAUUAUCGUUAAACCUCCCUUAAAAUUGUCGAUGCAAACAGUCAUAAAGGAAUCGAAAUAAUCCAGACCAACCUGGCAAGAAAUAUCACCUAGAAGCUCAACUUUCAAAGCGCGCAAUGGUAAAGUAUAAAUUUGGCUCUAUGACUCCUCCCUACACUAAUUGUGUGGGUACUUGUGAACAAGACCAUGAGAAAUACCUCUUUUAGGUUCCACCUUUUUAUCAAUUGCGAUGUUUUUCCCAUAGACAUAUUUUUCCCAUAUUAGGCUCCUUCCCAUAGUAAUUGUUUUCUGUGGGUACUUUGGGAGAAGACCAUGAGAAAAUUUUAUGACUUGAUCUCUUUUAAAACCCUUCUCAAGUCAAACUUUCUCCCAUCUCAGGUAUCUAUAGGUUUGUUUCAACACGUCAAAAACCGCCCCAUGAACAGGUUCGAAACCACUCCAUGUAAAACGAAUUUCGGCUUCUACGCACACAUUCGUGACGUACAUGAUACGGUUUCUUGAUGUGUUGAAACAAAGCUAUUAUAAAUACCUACUUUAUUGAGCUAUUAGCUAAUACACAGCUGGCAACGCAACGUUGGAGCCAAAGGGCCGUGGCACUGGCGCAAAAUAUGUCGGUCCUUUUAACAUAUUUUUUUUUAGUUCAAUAGUAGUUAUUACAAUCGUUAGAUCAGAAAUUUGGGCUUCCCCCGAAAGUGUGCACUACUGUGCACAGUCAACUUGUGCUCUAACUGGCCGCCACUGCUGACGACUCAAUCAAUAUUCUACAAAUUCCAAUGCAUAUUUAUAUAUUCUUAAUCAGAAUUAAAUGCUCUUUAAGAUAAAACUAAAUUGAAUCAUUUAUCUUGAAUAGUUUCUGAGAUAUUGAGCCUCAAAGUUGAAACUUUGUUUCAAAUUUAGGAAAACCUUCAAAGCCAAAUAUCUCAAAAACGGAGCCCUAGGGCUCGAUGCCCCAAAUAACUUUUUUUAAAGCCCCAAUCGAGAUCUACAAUUAGACAAAAUUUCGUGUCGAU